CGUGACAACAAAAUCUCGUUAUAAAUUUGGAUUUACACUUCAAAGUCUAGCAGUCGAUUGAUUUUAAUGAAUGACUUUAUCUACAAACUCAAAUAUGUUAUAUGUUUUCGGAGUAAAAUGUUAAUGUUUGGUAUUCUUUGCCAUUUAUGCCUUACUGGAACCGUACUGACAACAUGUCAUCGAUUUUAUGCGAUAGAAACAGAUUUAAGUGAGGUUGAGGUAAAUGAUUUGGUCGGUGGUUUUGGAGGUACAGUCACUGGAAGUCUACCUCAUCAAAAUGUUUACGAAAUCAGCUACUCCGAAUGCAGUGAAUACGAACGACCUUCAUUUGGUUUUUUAAAGCGAUCACGAAGAAGCAAUCAUGAAACAUUUCAGGAAAGCAUUAAAAGUCAUCCCAAGGUUCAAGAAAUUAAACAACUAAAGAUCCUAAACGUUCAAAAACGUUUCACCGUAUACAAUUCCGAAUUCGAUGCAAAAGUAGCUCAAAGUUUAAAAAAGACUCCAUUACCCAAAGAAAUGAUGACUGAGUCGGAUGCUGAAUACAAUCGACAAUACAUCGAAUAUGCCAAAAGAAUUAGAAGUGCUGUAAAUGUAAAUGAUCCAGCAGCAUAUUAUGUAUGGCAGUACCUCAAUGAUGGUAAUAGUGUUAGUCCUUUGAUUGGACUUGAUAUUAAUUUAUAUCCAAUAUUCUUGGAGGAUGUCACUGGCAGAGGAACAAAUGUUGUUAUAUUAGAUGAUGGAUUGGAUACAAGUCAUCCCGAUUUACAAGCCAAUUACGAUGAGACGAUAUCUGUUAAUAUGGACAGACCGCAAGAGAAUGGGUUAAGUCCACGUGGACCACGCAAAAUUAUUCCUGAGAAUGAUGGACAUGGGACAAGAUGUGCCGGUCUUGCUGGUGCAGUAAUUAAUAACAGCUUCUGUUCUCACGGUGUUGCACCAAAAACUAAAUUAGGUGGUAUACGCAUGUUAACUGGACCAGUUACAGAUUUUGUAGAAGCUAAAGGUUUAUCGUAUAAAGUUGAAUUAAUCAAUAUAUUUUGUUCAUCAUGGGGACCAUCUGAUGAUGGUAUUACAAUGGAUCUACCACAUAAAUAUGCAAAAGAUUCAUUAAGUCAUGGUUUAGCAAAGGGUCGAAAUGGUUUAGGUUCAAUUUAUAUUUUUGCUUCUGGAAAUGGUGGUUUGUCCGGUGACAGUUGUGGUGCUGAUGGAUUUGUCAGUUCACCGGAUGUAAUUGCUGUUUCAGCAGUAGAUAAUCUUGGUCAAAAAACUAUGUAUUCAGAACCUUGUUCUGCAAUCCGUGUAUCAGUUCCUGUUGGUGGAUCACCUGAAAUGUCUGAUAUGAAUAUUUUGCCUACUACAAUGGAAAAUGAUAAGUGUAUGAAGAGUUUUAUGGGCACUUCAGCAGCUGCUCCAAUGUUCGCAGGAUGUUUAGCAUUGGCACUAGAAGCAAAUCCUAAAUUAACAUGGCGCGAUAUAUCACACUUAUUACCAUGGAGUUCACGUAUUCCUAAUCCCAAUGAUAAAGGUUGGUUAGUCAAUGGUGCUGGACUAUUUCAUCAUCCAUAUAUUGGAUUUGGAACAAUUGAUUGUUAUCGUCUAGUGAAAUUAGCUAAACAAUGGAAUUUUGUCGGACCAUUAUGUGUUUUAACUUAUAAAAAAGAAGUAUAUAGUGUACCAGACAAUUGGGCUAGUUUACAGGGUAAAAAGAAAACGAAUAAUGUUCAACAUUUAUUUCAAUGUGAUGACCAAUGUUCAGCAGGAAUUAUUCAUCAGUAUAAAUCAGAAUAUGCACAAAGCUGGCCACUUAAAUCUCAUUCCGAUACCAUAAUUGAUUUCAAUUUGACCGAUUUAUCUGGACUGACUCAAUAUUCAUUACCACAGAAUAUUGUAGAAAAUACUCCAUGUCAGGUAGACAUUGUUGAACAAGCUAUUCUUGAAGUUAAAUGGAAGCAUUCCUGUCGUGGAAGUUUAGAGAUACGUUUAAUUAGUCCAUCAAAUACUGACGCAUUAAUAUUAGGUCAACGAAAAUUAGAUACAUAUGCAGGUGAAGGAUCAAUGAUAUUUACAUCAGUGGUACAUUGGGGUGAAAUUGCUGCUGGUUUAUGGAAGUUAAAGAUUCAUGAUCAUGGACAAUGCAAACCAAAACAAUCCACUGAUGAUAAUAAUAAUAUCAAUGGUUUUAUCACCGGUGUUCAGCUAACAAUUCGUGGAACAUCUAAAAACAAUAACGGAUUUACUAUGAAUAAAAAUCUACUAGAACCAUUAUUGACAACAGUUGGUAAAAAAGCUUUAGUCACUCGUUCUGGACAUGAACUAAAAACAGAAGAAAUUAAAAAAACAUUUAUAGAACAAAGAGAUUUAUCAUUUUCACUUUCUAAAUCAAUAUUUUAGCAAGUACUUUUUUAUUACUAACUGUUACUAAGAGGAGGUUUGUGGGGGUUGCUGACUUUUCAUAGACUUUUUUAUUCAUUGAUUUUAGCUGGAUAACUAUUGAAAAAGUAGGUACUGGAGAGUAGUUUCGUCCUAGUACGGAUCUCUUUAGAAGUGCAUGCGAGGUCGAAGGUUCUAGGUUCGUUCCCUGGUAGGGUUGUGAAUAUAUGUUGCUAAUAAGUCGCAUAAAACGACGAAGCCACUGUCUUAUGCUUCAUAUUUUUCGAUGAUUUUCCACCUAACUUCAAUGAAUGAUGUAACUUACAAAAUUUAAUCACUAGUAUUUUUACCACGAAACUUUUAAGAAUGAAAAAUAUUGAAUUAAUCAAGUGAAGUUGACAUUUCAUUCAUUAAUCAUUGUUAAUCAGACGUUUCUUCUAUUCAUUUUAUUAUUUUGGUUUUAUUUAUAAUGUUAUGAUUAUGAAGAUAAUUGUUGUUUAAACCCUUAAUUCAAAUAAGGAAUUAUUAGGAAUUGUGGAGUAUAUUGACUAGAUAUUUCAUUAUUGAUUAAAAUACACUAUAGCAACACUCCUACAAUCAAUUUCGAUUAUAGUUAAUUUUGGUUAAGCUCUUCUAUUACCUUACAUAACAGACAAUGUUAUUAGAACAGUAACAAUUCGCAUAUUCCUUUGUACUAUUAUGAUCACUAUCAUAUAUGUAGAAAUGUUUAGUCUUGAUCACACGACAGCCUAUGCACAUCUUUCUUUAGCUUAAAUGUUGAUGGCUUAAAUAUCUCUCAGUGAAUCAUUUUCUUCCUCAAGUAUAUUUUGUACUCGAGUCCUAUUAUUAGGCAUUGUCUUGCGUAAUAGUGCCUUAUUUGAUUUGACUAGAAAUUUGCCUCUGUAUUUGCUUUCAUACACACAUUCGCCCCUCUGCUUCUAAUUCACCCGGUGUGCUUGUAGCUUUGUUAUUCAUGUUUGUUUUCCAAUUGACUCAUGAUUUCAACUAGUGAAAAUCUCCAUAAAACCCCUCCUGAUAAUAUCCGCUAAUAAACUGUAGUUGCCGCUUCUUAUUGCCUUCUGAUUUCCAACACCAUUGAGAUUUAUAUAAUAACGUUUACAAAGGUGAUUGAUUAACUAAGCAAAGCCACUUCAACUUUUAUCUUGUUAACCCAUAAUUUCAUAGGGAAUUGAAACUGAUUAUUACCUAUUCAUGAAAACCAUAAGCUUAGUACUAUUUUAUUUACUUAAUUGGUGUCAAGUUAUUCAUAAUUCCAGUUUCCGUCUAUUUACGACACAUUAGUAUCGUUAGUUAACCCCAUCUACGAACUAAUGUCACAUUUCCAACUUCAUUGCUUAGAAAAAAAAGAAAGAAUUUAUUUUCAUCUUGAUAAAUAAGUCUUUAUUCAAAAUGGAAAUUAUAAUCAAGUGUUUGAAAUUCAAUUACUUCAUUCAUUAUAUCAUAAAUUAAAAACGUUUGUGAAAGAUUUGUCUGUCAAUUCCCAAAUUUAAAUUUAUUAUCAGAAGGGGUUUUGUGGAUAUUAUAGUAAUUUCAAUGGUUAAGAUCAUGAGUCAGUUGAA